CGGCCGGCGAGGCCUGUCGCGAAGAGCCGGCAGCGGGCGGCGGUGUCGGGGCCCGGUGUUACCCCGAGGCCGGUGUUAGCCGGGGCGAUGGCGGCGUUGGGCCGCCUGUGGCCGCGGGCUCUUGGCGGCGGAUCUUUCCUGCUGCAGCAAGGCGCUCCCUGCCCUUUGCAGCUCCGAACAGCUUCAGUCCUCUCAAGCUCCCUGCAGCUGCCUCUGGGAAGCCAUUGCUCCUUCAAGCCCGCAGGUAUCAGCCCCGUCCUCAGCGGCCCUUCAUCUUCCUGGACGCACCAGCAGAUCCGCACCAAAGCACGCGGCAACGAGUAUCAGCCCAACAACCGCAAGCGCAAGCGGACCCACGGCUGGAUCAAGCGCAUCAGCACGCCGGCUGGCAUCGAGGUCAUCCUGCGGCGCAUGCUGAAGGGCAGGAAGUCCCUGACCCACUGAGGCGAGUCCGAGUCGAGUCUCGGAGCUGCUGUGGCUAUGGAGGGACCUGACCUGAGUGUUGUUACAGAGAGAGGCAGCAGUGACUUGACUGUCCCUGCUGUGUGGGGGGCGUGCAGGGGGAUGGUGCUGGCUUGAAGGCAGCCUCGGAGGGCUUUGCUUAACAGCUGCUGUUGAAACUGAAGGGUUCAAUGCGGCUUCGUGUGUGUGGUUCAAAGACCGUCUCUGUCAUUAAAACCCAGCGACUCGCCUUGAA